AUGGAAGAUCCAAUAGAUGUAUCCUUUUAUUUAGGAAAACAGGCGGCUGAAACGAUUGGAAAUUUAGAUGUCCCCUUAAGUAAUGGACAAAUUGUUAGUAUUAAUUUAGUUGAAGAAUUACCUGAAGAUAGUAAUGAAUUAAUCAGUUUCUUGGAAACAGAAAACUGUCCUAAGAAAUAUUGGAUUUCAGUGGCUACAGCUUACGCUCAACUGAAUAAGUUGAAUGAAAGUUUGAAUGUUAUCAAAACCGCUAUGGGAUUGUCGCAGUUUAACAAUGAAGAUAAAUUGUCGUUCCAUUCAUACUUGAGUUGGUUAUAUUUGAAAUUUGUCUCCAGCGGAAUAAAUAAGGGAGAGAAUUUGGUUAAUGCAACCGAAGAACUUAAUCACGUCUCAAGCUUAGAUAGCUCCAAAGGUAGUGUUUCGGUCUUAUUGGCUAAAGCAGUGCUAUACUUGUAUAAAGAUCAAAUUGAGCCAGCUUUGGACAUAUUCGAUAGAUUAUUGAAAAUUGACAAUAAUAACUGUUUUGCUUUAUUAGGAAAGGCUCAGAUUAUCUUGAAUAAAACAAAGAAUUAUGCUAAUGCAUUAAAAUUAUAUCAACAAGUUUUAAUUUUAAAUCCCUUAAUGAAGCCAGACCCAAGAAUCGGAAUUGGUUUAUGCUUUUGGUUUCUCAAAGAUGAACCAAUGGCGUUGAGUUCAUGGAGAAGGGCAUUGGAACUUGACCCAACUAACUUGAAGGCUAAAAUUUUAUUAAAUUUGGCUAACUUCAACAUUAACUUCAAUAACUCAUUGGGUGAUAAAGAUUUCCAAUUAAAUUAUGAAAAGUGCUUGAAAAAAUUAGCAGAUAAUUAUAAAGAGAACUCUAAUGAUGCAAUCAUUUUAUUAACUUUAGCAUCGUACUAUUUUUCAAAAGAAGAGUAUUCUUUAGUCGAAAAGAUUUGCAAUAAAGUUAUUCACUCGAUUUCUGGUAAUUCAGCAUCGACAAAGUUAUAUAACCCUUCUAAAGUUUCGAGAUUUCAGUCUAAUUUAUUAUCGCAGGCUGCGUUUUGGUUGGGAAGAGUUGCUUUCGCAAAAUCUGAUUUCAUGCAAUCGCAAAAAUACUUUCACGAGGCUAUUAAGUUAAAUGAAAAUAACUUGAUGGCUAAACUAGGUUUGGGCCAAUCACAAAUCAACCGUGGCUCUACAGAAGAAGCCACUAUUACUUAUGAAUCUAUCUUAAAGACUAAUCCAAAAUGUUUAGAAGUAAAUUAUUCCUUAGGUGUUUUAUACUCAAAUCAUAAAAGCAAGAGAAAACAGGAACAGGGAAUCUCUAUGUUAGAAAGAUACUUACGAUUAGCCAAGAAUAUGGGAGGACAACCUAGUAACAAGAAUGAAGAUGAUGGUCUGGAAAUAAUGAACCAAGAACCUGUUGCGUUAAACGCGUUUUUGAUAUUAAGUAAGCUACACGAGUCUAAAGAUAUGAAUCAAUCAUUGACCUAUCUAAACAAGGCUAUUGAAUCCAGAAAACAAAUUAACCAAGAUGCACCAUUGGAGAUCUAUAAUAAUAUUGGUGUUUUUAAUUUCAUUAAGCAUAAUUAUGAAGCCGCAUCGAAUAUUUUCCAAACAGCUUCUGAAAAAUUAAAGACUUGCAAUGAUUUCAAAAAUGAAAAUGGCGAUGUAUUGAUGGAUUUGCGUGAUGAUUUAAACGUCACGAUAUCUUUCAACCUUGCUAGAUCAAAGGAAUUAUCGAAUGAAUCAGAAUCCAUUGAGAUUUACGAAUCCUUACUCAAAGACUGUCCAAAUUAUUUCUCUGCAAAAUUGAGAUUAUUAUUUUUAGAUUGUGUCUCGACUAACAAAUCUACCAAAGAAGAAAUUAAACAAGAAGUGGAAAACUUAUUGGAUUUAAAUGCAUCGGACUUGGAGAUUCGUUCAUUUUAUGGUUGGUUUGUAAAGACCUUUGGUAAGAAGGUCGGUAUGAAACCAGAUGCAGAUACCAAUCACCAGAAGGAUACAUUGGUUGAAUAUGACUCUCAUGAUUGUUAUGCAUUAUUGUCGUUGGCCAAUAUUUACUGCAUUAUGGCGAGAGAUAUAAAAGGACUGAGUCAAGAUGAAAAGAAAAAGAAAUACUACAUCAGAGCGGUAGAAUUAUUCACUAAGGUAUUGUCGGUUGAUCCCCACAAUGUUUAUGGUGCUCAAGGUUUAGCUAUCGUAUACAUUGAAAAUAAAGAAUCUAAUAAGGGUUUAGACAUUUUGAGAAAAAUUAGAGAUUCAUUAAAUGAUAUAUCAGUUUACCUCAAUUUGGGUCAUGUUUUAUUGGAUUUGAAGCAAUAUUCCAAGGCCAUUGAAAACUAUGAGAUUGCAUUAAUGAGAUUCGCAAAUAAUGACUCUAAAAUUUUAUCCUUUUUGGGUCGUGCUUGGCUUUCAAGAGGUUUAACUGAAAAGAAUUUAAGUUAUUUGAAUAACGCAUUAUCCUACUCUGAAAAGGCAUUACAAAAUGCUACUGGGGCGAAAUCUUCAUUAAGAUUCAAUAUGGCUUAUAUCCAAUUCCAAAUUGCUGAAUUUAUUAGUAAGCUUCCUGUGGAACAAAGACUUAUUGAUGAUAUUAAGAAGGGUAUUGAUAAUUUGAACACAGCUAUUGAGACCUUGAAUUCUUUAUCCUCAGAUGAUGAAAAACAUCCGCCAUAUCCAAAAUCAGAAUUAAAGGCUCGUGCUAAUUUAGGUACUAAUACAUUAUUGAAUAGAUUAAACGCAUGUCUUGAUGAAACCGUUGAAAGUGUUACGAAAUCUGAAAUUAGAUUGAAGGAAGCUAAGGAAUUAAGAGAACAAGAGACUGCUCAGUUAUUACAAGAACAAGAAGAAAGAAUUGCAAAGGAAAGACGAAUUGAAGAAGAAAUGGCCAAGGAACGAGCGAAGUUACAAGAACAAGCACAACAAUGGGCAGAAGAAGCUAGAAUGAAUGUAAUUGUUGAUGAGGAUGACGACAAAUUGUUUAAUAAGGAGUCGAAUAUGGAAGAGAAGAAGAAGAGAAGUAAAAAGUCAUCUACUAAGGGUACGAAAGGUAAGAAGAAAGGAAAGAAGAGAAAUGUUGUUAGUGACAGUGAAGAUGAUGCGCCAUCACCAUCCGAAGAUGAGUCUGAACCUGAGAAUGAUUCAAAGAGAAAGGGUGAAGAAGAUGACAAUGAAGAAGAUGAAAUCAAGACAUCUAAAAAGAGAAAGAUUUCUAAAUUGUCUAAAGAAACUAUAGAAGAUAGUGAUGACGAAUUAGACGAUGAUUUAUUCAAUGAAGAAGGUGAUGAGCCAACAGGAAAUGAUGAUGAAUUACCUAACGAGGAUGCCGUGGAGGAAGGACAGAAAGAAAAUAAUGAAGAAUUACCUAAUGAAAGUGUUGAGGAUGAAGCACAGAAUGAAGAAUCCCAGACUGAAGCUCAAAAUGAAAAUCAAUCUCAAGAUGAACAAUGA